AUGUCCCAACAACCCUCUUCCACAGCCCCCGAUGCCUCCACCACCGCCCAAGUCGCCGAACACCCCUCCUCCGCUCCCUCCCGCGCCGCCGAACUCGCCAGUCUUAAGGUAAAGCUGCGCGCGGCGCUGCGCCAGUUUCCUGACUUCCCGUCCCCGGGAAUUCUCUUCGAAGACAUUCUUCCUAUUUUCGCCGAUCACUCUGUGCACGAAGCCCUCAUCCGCUGCCUCGAGCUCCACGUCCUCGAAACACACGCUAAUGAAAAACCCGACGUUAUCGUCGGCCUAGAGGCCCGAGGCUUCCUUAUCGGCCCUAGUCUCGCUCUGCGACUCGGCGCCAGUUUUGUGCCGGUUCGCAAGCAGGGUAAACUGCCGGGCCCGUGUGAAACUCAGGCCUAUGACAAGGAGUAUGGUCAGGAUUUCUUCCAGAUGCAGUCCGACUCCAUCAAGCCUGGUCAGAAGGUGAUUGUGGUGGAUGAUAUUAUUGCAACCGGCGGGUCGGCGUAUGCUUCAGGAGAACUCAUCAAGAAGAUGGGCGGCAAUCUAUUGGGCUUCAUCUUCUUGCUCGAACUGGAAUUCCUCAAGGGGCGGGAGAAGCUGCCUGCUCCCGUUUACACUCUGCUCUCUGGCCAGGAAUCGCAGGCGUAA